CCUAAAACCGUGAACCGCCAAACUCCCAACCAAAUCUUCGUCUUCGAACUUUUUAUCCGACAUCACCCAACGCCCACCGACAAGAUGACGAAGGUUAACUCAGGUAUCGCCAGCUCGCGACGAAAGUCGAGAAAGGCGCACUUCAGCGCCGGCUCCGGCGAGCGCCGUGUCAUCAUGAGCGCCCCCCUCAGCAAGGAGCUGCGCGAGAAGUACAAUGUCCGCAGCAUCCCCGUCCGAAAGGACGACGAGGUCACCAUCGUCCGAGGCACCAACAAGGGCCGUGAGGGCAAGGUCACCUCCGUGUACCGUCUCAAGUACGUGAUCCACGUCGAGCGCGUCACCCGCGAGAAGGCCUCCGGCCAGUCCGUCCCCAUUGGCAUUCACCCCAGCAAGGUCGUCAUCACCAAGUUGAAGCUCGACAAGGACCGCGAGAACAUACUCGAACGCAUCAAGGUCGGCCGCGAGCUUCGAUCCAAAGGCAAGGCUGCCGCCAAAUAAAUAUAAGUCGAAAGCAUCGCACCUGAACCAAUCUUAUCCUACCUUUUCUUCGGUUAAAACCAGCCUGGCAAAAGGGGGGAAAGAUACCCGUUUGGUAGAUACUUCACGAAUCUGCGAGGUCCAUAACGGAUAGUACGGCAUACGGCGUCUUAACGGGGGAAGGGUAAAAGUUCCCCGGCGUCAUCGAGGGACAUGACGGGAUCGGUAUUUGCUGGCAUGAUGACUCGACGAAUCAGCAUAUAGAUGCGGCGA